UUGACGACGGUGAAGCAUGUGGGCAACACACUGUAUAAAGCUCAUAAACUUGUAGGCUGAUGUGCAGCUACUACUUUGGAUUCCUUAUUGCUGCUUCCUUCAGCACAAAACCACAAGGCUGAACGUUAAACCUGCUCUUUGGAACUGAGCAUUUAUCACUGUGAGACAUGAAGAGCUUCCUGUUUUUCACCAUCCUCCUGGUACCAGUGCACAUCGGAACUGCUUGGAGUGCAAAAUAUGCAGUAGAUUGCCCCGAACCUUGUGACAGUAAUGUGUGUAAAAGUACUUUGCGCUGUAAGCGAACAGUGCUUGAUGACUGUGGCUGUUGCAGAGUCUGUGCAGCAGCCUUGGGGGAGACUUGCUACCGCACUGUCUCAGGUAUGGAUGGUGUCAAAUGUGGGCCUGGGCUGAAGUGCCAGUUUUACACUGAGGAGGAUGACUUUGGUGAUGAAUUUGGUAUCUGCAAAGAGUGUCCUUAUGGUACCUAUGGAAUGGAAUGCAGAAAAACUUGUAACUGCCAGUCUGGUAUAUGCGACAGAGUAACUGGAAAGUGUUUGAAGUUCCCAUUUUUCCAACUUUCUGCUUCAAAGCCACCAAACAGACGAAAAUUAAUAUCACAUACAGAGAAUGACAUGGCAUCGGGGGACGGUAACUCUGUAAAGGAGGAAUUUGUCAAAGAGAAAGUAAUUAGCUCUCCAGUAAUGAAAUGGUUAAAUCCUCGCUGAUAUUUACUUACAUUGGUAGGACUUUCAAAUGACCGCAUUUCUCACACAUUAUCGAAUAUGCAACAACACACUUUAAAAACAAAGUGCAUCUAUAGCAUAUGAAAAUGUAACCUCUGAAGACCAAUUGUGAUUGUGUGCAUCGUCAGAAAAAAUGUUUACUUACAAAAUAGACUGUACAGUUUAUAUGAUUUUUGAUACUUGUUUUGAGAAGUAUUUGAACACGAAAAUGUAACAUGGAUUGCUGAAUGUAUAGUAAUAUUGAAAACCAACACCUCCACCCACUGGCAUUUGAACAAUGUGUAAGGGCCUGUUCCUGCAUUCCCCAUGCAAGGAAAUUCCUGUUGAAUUCAAUGGAUGUUUUGUGUGAGUAAAAGCUGCUGAGGUGGAGCCAACGUUAGGGUGAUGCAAGUUGACAAAAGCUUGGAAAUGCAAAGUUAAAAACUGAUGCCCUUGAGUCACACCAGCAAGAAUAAUAGUAAUGGAAAGGGCACAACGGUGUGAAUUCAAUAAAUCAACCUUAACUUUGAAUAUUCUGGCUUUUGUUAGUUUUGUGAGAAUUAACAAGAUGUAAACAUUACCUUAAGCCAGCGGUUCUCAAACUGUUGGUUGGGACCCCAAAGUGGGUUGCAACCCCAUCCUAAUGGGGUUGCAGAGCCAGCAUUAGACUUGCUGGGACCUGGGGCUGAAGCCCAAACCCGAGCUCCACCCCACCCAGGGCACUGGGACUCGGGCUCUGGCCCCUUAAUCCCCCACCCGGGGUGGCGAGCUAGGGCUCCAACCCCCCCACCCCUCCAGUCACAUAGUCAUUUUGUUGUCAGAAGGGGGUUCUGGUGCAAUGAAGUUUGAAAACUGCUGCUUUAAACUCAUGAUUUGAACUUAUCCAAUGUGCAUUACUUACUUGGCAUUAUGUAAAAACACAUACAAUGUUAAAAUAUAUUCCCAAGGGUGGUUUUUGUGUUCAAUAGCCUGCAAUGGCCCUGAAGGAGUACUGGAGUAUCUGCAUAAAUGUGCAUUAUAAAUAAUCCAUGUCAGAGAUUCUGGAGACACUAGGAUACCUUAGUGCCUAAUUCUUCAUCCCCUUCUUAGUGCCUAAUCCUUCAUCCCCAUCAUCCCCUUAAGGGGUUGUAGAAGUGGCCAAUUACUCAGUCAGUCCAUAUUUGCUUAUGUAUCAAUAUGGCGUAAAACAUCAUAAUGUUUAUAUAGGCACACCUUAAGACCUACUUACAUAAUAGCCAUUACUGCCUGUGUUGCAGAAACCCAUUUGUAAAAAUCAAUACUUUGUGGUUUUACUUAAAAAAAGAAAAAGAGACAGAUUCUUAGAUAGUGUAAAUUAAUCUAGCUCCAUUUAAGUCAAAGGAGCUACUUUGAUUUAUAUAUCUGAGGAUCUGGCUCAUAAAAUGCAUUGGUCUCAUUGGAAACCUGGUCUGGUUUCCAUUGAAAUUAAUGGUAGUUUUGUUAUUAAUGUCAGUGGGAGAAGGUGCAGGCCAUAGUGAUGACAAUUUGGUGCAGGAUCUGAAAAUGUAUGUAAAAGAAUCCAGUAAAAGAAACCCAAAAUCGUUUCAGGGUUAUUAGGGACUGAUCACAGCCUAUUAAAGUAAACCCAAGUCUUUCCAUUGAUUACAAUGGAUUUUGCAUUAGGCCCUAUAAGAACAAAAAUUAUGUCCCAACAUGGAAUAUCUACAAAUUAAAAGUGGUUAAAUAGACUCUAGCUACAACAGUCAGAAAAAGAAACAGAAUACCAUGGCUGGCAUACAACACCUUUUAGACUGGGCUGAAUUGUUAUGAUUGAAGUAGGGAUUUUAAUGGAAGUGCUGUCACAAUCACAACUACAGUGGCACAAACAGUUCCUCUUUAAAAUGCUGUAUUGGUUUGAAACAUUUACAAGCAUAAGGGCUGAUCCUGCGGCUACUGAUGUCAGUGACAAUUUCUACAUUGACUUCAAUGGGAACAAUGUCAGAGCCAUAUUCUUUAUUGGGCCAGAGAAAGUUAUUUAAAUGUCUUAAAUACUUACAUGCUUUUUUUUUGGUUAUUUCCUACAGUGUCAUGAAUGACAUUAUGGAUUCUUGAAUGUAAAUCUAAUAAGCUGGUUGGUUUUAAAAAAGUAUACGUUUAUUAUUGUUCAA